AUGCCUUGGACAAGCACAAAUAGAAUAUACGCUAAGCCCUCAAGCACGAGUGCUAAUGAGACUCCUUCACCUUCUUUGGCCAGCCCUAGGGUAGCUUUAACUGCUGCCGAGGACUCCGGCGGUAGGUUUGAACUCUGCGACCACGGAUACGGCAAAAGUUCGGUUAAGCUUCUCCACGUUCAUCGAGACGAAGGACAUCACGUUAUCAGGGAGUUUGAAGUCUUUACGGAACUUAAAUUGGCUUCAGAGACAGCAUACAUUUUAGGUGACAAUAAAGAAGUCGUUGCGACCGAUUCACAAAAGAAUACAGUGUAUUUACUCGCGAAGAAAUACGGAGUGAAGACUCCUGAAGAAUUUGGUGCUGUAGUUGUUAAUCAUUUUUUGUAUAUGUACAAGCAAGUGCUGGAAGCAAAAUGUCGCGUUAUCGAGUACCCCUGGGAGCGACUGCAGGCGGGGACACCUCACAGCCAUGCUUUUGUUUUUUCACCAAUCGCCACGCGGUGGUCGGAAGUAUCACAAACUCGUCACGAGGCAGUGGUAGUUAAGUCUGGCCUUAGCGGACUCCGUGUAUUGAAAACAACACAAUCAGCAUUUGUUGACUUCGUACAAGAUGAAUACACAACACUGACUGAUGCCGUAGAGCGAAUAUUUAGCACGAUCGUCGAAGCGGAAUGGAUUUAUGACAAUAUGCGUACAGCUGAUUUCGAUAACGCAUGGCUUACAGUCAAGGAUGCCAUACUGGACAAAUUCGCCGGCCCUCCCGAUACGGGGGUGUAUUCACCCUCCGUCCAGCACACCUUAUAUCAGGCUGAAAAAACUGUUCUCGAAAAAGUUAGCGAGAUAACAUGGAUUAAGAUGACAAUGCCGAACAAACACUACCUGAACAUCGAUAUGUCCAAGUUCCCAGUGAACGUGACCAAAGGGGACCCGAGACAUUUCAUUUACCAUCCCAUAGAUCAACCCGCGGGACUGAUCUAUGCGCAACUGCGACGUAGGCCCAAGAGCAAGCUGUGA